UGAGACGCUGGAUCUAGCAACCUCUUUAAAAAACGGUUUUAUUUAACUUAGCUGAUUCGGGUAUUGUUAGCUUGAAUACAUAUAUCAACCUUUUUAGUUACGUUGCAAGCGCUUUAAUAUAUUAUGUGUAUUCUAGGCUUGGUCGCACUAUCCAACGUUAACAUCGAAAUCUGUAGCUAGCUUGUUUCAGGUGUCUUUUUGCUUUGCAAACUAGCUAUGGAUAACAUUAUUGAUCUAGCAUCAGAACAAGUUCGGUGACAGGUCUCCCUCUGUUCUCCUUGCGUCUCCUGGUUCCACCUCUACGCCUGAUGUGGCUUUCAUGUGGCAAGUGACACAACGGCGUAAUGUGAUACAGUAUGGGAAGCUGGAGGAGUUUGUGACUUUGGUGACAGAGAUGGUUCCAGAGCUGCUAAGCUCCAGGCAGAGGACCCAACUCAUCCUAGGACUGAGAGCAAGUGUAGGAGAGGUGGAAAUGUUGAGGGUUGGUAUGGGAAGAGUCUUAUGAUGGAACAAACUAUGGGCAGCUACUAGCUGCAAUUACUGUACGUCUGUCCCUAGUCCUGCUUUUCACAUAUCCACCUCUGUUCCAGAUGGUUUUAGAGUUGUGUUGCAGUGUGGGCACAGCUGACCUCCCUACUAUCCAGGCCCACCUGGACAUAAUCCACACGUUGACAGAAAAAUCCUUACACAAAGAGUAGGUGUUCCCAGUCCACUAUGGCCCUCUGUAUGACACAGCGCUGCAGACACUGGUGUGGGAGUUCCUCUCCAGACUGGAGGAGCUGCUGCCUGUACCAGACCUCACGCAGACAACAGCAUGGCUCAGUGCUGCCCCCUCUGUCCUGGAGGAAUGUGGACAGACUGUCUUUGACCCUGAACAACUGAAGACAGUGCUGCAGCACCAUCAGCGUCAUGGAAACCUGAACAAGAGUCAUGUCUCUAAAUACACUGCAGAUACCAUCCUGUCCACGCUGUCCCUCCCUCCAAAAAUGAGAGUUGUUAUUAACUAUGAGCCAGACAACUCUGACAAUGGGAGGCAAUACUCAGAUGAAUGCAUAGAUAAUGGGGUCUGUGAAAAUGAAGACCACAAUGAAAUCCUGGAUGAAAGCACUGAUAGAUGUUGGGAGGAUCUAGGGCUGUCAACAUCAGAGCAACAGGAGGGUCUGCCACCUGCAGAGACCUCAGUGUUGGUUACUCCAGUACCCUGUGAUGGGCUACAAGUUGGCGAGCUCUAUUAUCAUCCAUAUUAAAUAAUGUUGAUGGAUAAGAGGCAGUUCCCCAGAAAACUGCAGAUGACUUUGACAUCUGUCUGACAAGAUCUCCCUUCUUUCUCCUUGCGUCUCCUGGUUCCACCUCUACGCCUGAUGUCUGCUUUCAUGUGGCAAGUGACACAAAGGCGUAAUGUGAUGCAGUAUGGGAAGCUGGAGGAGUUUGUGACUUUUGUGACAGAGAUGGUUCCAGAGCUGCUGAGCUCCAGGCAGAGGACCCAACUCAUUCUAGGACUGAGAGCAAGGAUGGUUUUAGAGUUGUGUUGCAGUGUGGGCACAGCUGACCUCCCUACUAUCCAGGCCCACCUGGACAUAAUCCACACGUUGACAGAAAAAUCCUUACACAAAGAGAGUCAUGGUGAUGAAUUGGAGGCUUCAGAGUCUAACUUUGUGGAGCUAGUCCAAACCCUGCUGGGAGACCCUUCUGAGAGGGAGCAUUUCUUCCAGGAGGUGUUCCCAGUCCACUAUGGCCCUCUGUAUGACACAGCGCUGCAGACACUGGUGUGGGAGUUCCUCUCCAGACUGGAGGAGCUGCUGCCUGUACCAGACCUCACGCAGACAACAGCAUGGCUCAGUGCUGCCCCCUCUGUCCUGGAGGAAUGUGGACAGACUGUCUUUGACCCUGAACAACUGAAGACAGUGCUGCAGCACCAUCAGCGUCAUGGAAACCUGAACAAGAGUCAUGUCUCUAAAUACACUGCAGAUACCAUCCUGUCCACACUGUCCCUCCCUCCAAAAAUGAGAGUUGUUAUUAACUAUGAGCCAGACAACUCUGACAAUGGGAGGCAAUACUCAGGUAAAUGCAUAGAUAAUGGGGUCUGUGAAAAUGAAGACCACAAUGAAAUCCUGGAUGAAAGCACUGAUAGAUGUUUGGAGGAUCUAGGACUGUCAACAUCAGAGCAACAGCAACAGGAGGGUCUGCCACCUGCAGAGACCUCAGUGUUGGUUACUCCAGUACCCUGUGAUGAAUUGAACUUGGAUCAUUCUCUCAACGUAAUGGUGAAUGUUGACGAGCCAUUCCAGGUUCUUAACUGCACUCUACCUCCAUUCUCUCACAGUGAAGUGGCCAACCUCUGCAAGGACAUAAAUACCGACCAAGUAGAAAAGGACAGCAAGCGGGUUGACAAGAAAAAAGUGGUCAGAAAGGGGGACAAAAAGAAUGAGAUCAAACAGGUUGACAAGACAACAAAGGUGGUCAGAAAGGGGGACAAAAAGAAUGAGAUCAAACAGGUUGACAAGAAAACAAAGGUGGUAAGAAAGGUUGACAAGAAAAAAGAGGGAUCCCCUGUACCCCAAAACAGGACUCAUACAUGUGAGUGUGGGAAGGUUUUCAAAAAACCAUCACUGCUGACGCUACAUAUGGGAGUUCACACGAUGCCAUAUCAUUGUGACCAGUGUCCCAAACGAUAUGCUACUCCUGGGGCUCUGAAGAAACACCAGUUACUUCACACAGAAGAAAGACCAUUUGCAUGUGAACACUGUGACCGGAGGUACAGGAGUGCAUAUGAUCUCAAAGUGCACGUACGCAUUCACUCUGGGGAGCGCCGUCACCUGUGUACCAUCUGUGGUAAGAGGUUUACCCAACAGUGUGCACUAGUGAGACACAUGCGAAUGCAUGCUGGGGAGAAGAAUUAUUUAUGUAGCAUAUGUGGUAAGGCAUUCCUUACCUUAGGAGAACUGCGUCUGCAUACACGAACACACACAGGAGAAAACCCCCACACCUGUAAACAUUGUGGAAAGGGUUUCAAAGCAUCUUGCCAUCUUAUGGUUCAUCUGCGAUCUCAUACAGGCGAGCGUCCUUACACCUGCACCCAAUGCCCCAAAUCUUUCACUACUUCAGACGCUCUUAGAAAGCACGUAUAUACUCACACUGGGGAGAAACCUCACCAGUGCUCAGAGUGUGGGAAGACAUUUUCUCAAAGGGGUAAUAUGGUAAAUCAUAUGAGGAGAGUUCAUAAACCGGUUAAGAUUCUCCAAAAGCACUCCAACAGAAAGACAGACAGUCUCAUAAAAAGAUCGAAGAGAUCGAAAGAAACCAUGUAGGAGUUAAUUCCAAUGUAAAUACUAGUACUAUACACAUGAUUUUACAGGUCCUCUUUUGUAUAUCAGAUUAUCAUACCAAAACAUGUUUUUCAAUAAAUUUCUUCAGAUUUGUCAUGUCUACACAUGAUAUUCGAGACUACAAAUAAUGAUAAUGAUUUUAGAAGCGGGAUUAUGAUUGACCCAAUUUAAACGGUUUAAAAACUUCUUAGGGCUGAGAUCCUGUUAAUGGGAUCGAUAUGACAACAGCCAGUGAAAGUGCAGGGUGCCAAAUUCAAACAGAAAUC